UCAUGUUAGUUCACAAUAUCCACUUCUGCUGUCUUCGAAUAUUUAACAUUCUUGUUAAAACUCGAAAGCUUUUAAAUACUCCUCGACGGCGUGAGCAAAAGUUAAUCUCCAUUGGAUUGAUUUUUCUAGAAGUCGUUCUGUUUUGUUCGUAUCGAUUUGAAAAUAUCCCAUUCGAAAUGUCUAUCAAUAAUGCGAAAACCAAAAUUCGUGACCGUAUGCUAGAUAUUAAAAACAGGAUCGACACUGCCGAGGAUAGAGAACGCAACGCUACGGACCUGCUUAAAGUAGCCGAUGAAAAAGCUCUUCAGCUCGAUUCAGAACUCAACUCAAAAAAGAAGAAAAUCGAAUUUACUAAAAAUCUUUUGGCGGAGAGAAAAAAGGAGGAAAAGAAAAAGCUAAAAAAGCUGGAAGACCUAGAGGAUAAAGACAAGGUAGAAAGCGAAUUGGUGAAGACCCUUGAAAAUAUUGAACUCGAUGGUGACGAAAGGUUGAACAGCUUGGAAAAGCAGUUACACAAGAUUAGCGACAUCGCUGACAAAAAGGAGAAGGAGAACAGAGAAUCAAACCUACGACGUGACCAUUUAGAAAGUGAGCUUAAAAAGGUAGUCACGAGAGAAGGCGAUGCCGUGAAGAAAUGUGGAAAACUGCAAGAGUACAUUCAAAUGGCCAGGUCCGAAAUGGACGGUCUUAAAGAGAAGGAAGAGUGUGCUAACGAAAGAGAAGACGAAAGCGAAAAAAAGCUGACCUUCCUUGCACAAGAAUUGCACACCAAGGCGUCAGAAGCGGAAGAAAAGGAGCGACAGGUCAAUAAUUUGACUCUCUACAGAGACAGGAUUAAAGCCGAGAUCGAGGAGGAGAUGAAAAAGAUCCAAGAUAAACGAGCAGAGAUAGACAGCCUUGAUUACUUAUCAGACGAAAUCUAAUGAUUUUUCCUAACAAGUUCGAACAGCAAGGUUACAUGUAUACUGCAAUCAGAUUUUCUCUCAGAGAAUCUUUAAGUUAAUGCACUGUAGACGCUUAAGUUGCCGGUCAAUAUAAGAAUUACGCAUACAGCGCAAUCUCGCUUCCCAGGCAGUGACGCUUUCUAAAAAAAAAAAAAAA